AGGAUCAGCUGGGCAACAGAAAGGAAACUCUGAAGAGGAGCAGGAGAUUACUGGAUAAAUUAAUCAUUUUCCCUAUGAAUUUUAUAUUGUUUAUUUUUGUAUCUGGGGUUUUUUCCUUACAGUACCCCAAUACAACUUCCUAUCGUAGUGGUGAUAAGAUGUGGCUGUCCGGCUCUCCAAAAGAAUAUAAACAGGAACCGGAAAUUAAGGAGAAUACCCCUACUAAUGAGAAAAAUGGCAAUUCUUAUAAAGAUAUAAAACAAUAUGUGUUCACAACGCAAAAUGCAAAUGGCAGCCAGUCUGAAAUAUCCGUGAAAGCAACAACUGAUUUGCAAUUUGCUCUAAGAAACUAUAAACUCAUCAAUGAAACAACUAUAUCACAUACUGGAAAAAGCAGUAGUGAAGAAAAUUCUACAGAACCCUAUGGGAAAAAAAAUCAAAAACCAACCAAGGGUCCAAAUGAGCCUGCAUUUUGGACAAUGUUAGCUAAAGCUUUAAAUGCAACAACAGCUGAGGAGAUUGAAGAAAAAGAUCAAUUAUUUCGCCCAAUUCCAAACUCUGAUUUGAAUGCUACAAAUGAAGACACCCUGAUCAAGCUACAGGAAAUCAAGUUAAAAUUAAUGCUGGGCAUCUCGUUGAUGACCCUCUUCCUUUUUGUUAUCCUCUUGGCAGUCUGUAGUGCCAUGCUGUACAAAGUGAAGACAAUUAAUUAUAAAAGUAGACAUCAGACUGAAUACACCGUCAACCCAGAGCUGGCGACUCUGUCUUAUUUUCAUCCAUCAGAAGGCAUAUCAGACACAUCUUUUUCUAAGAGUGCUGAGAGCAGCACAUUUUGGGGCACCACUUCUUCAGAAGUGAGAAAAACAGACACACAGUCAAAAUCUAGAAUGACGGACAUUGUUUCCAUAGCCUCAGAUGAUACAGGUGGGAAUGAGGAGUCAGAUUUAAUUCAGAGUGAGGAACCAAGCGAAGAAACACCCACUGAUGAAUAGAUGACUUGAAGUUUUUGUCAGAAAAGAAGUUUCUUUGUGACUCCAUUAAGGUCAUGAUUUGGAAACUGCUGAGAAACUUAAAUUUUCUGGUGCCUGGAAAGGAUAUAUUCAAUAAAAUUAUCUCAGCCAUAAAAA